AUGUCGUGGAGAGUUCAAGUUGGUGAAUUCAGGAUCCCAAAGUUUAAGAUAUCUUUCGGGUUUGAGGCUUCAAGGGUUUUUAAAAGAUUAGGAUGGGAUGAAGAUGAAAUGGCUUUGUACCGUAAAGCUUGUGUCGAGAUCGAUGAAGAAGGCGCUGAAGCUGCUGCUGCCGCCGCUAUUUGUGUGCCAGUAAGUUUGACUAAUUAUAAGGUAGAUUUCGUGGUUGAUCAUCCAUUUCUUUUCUUGAUUAGAGAAGACACAACCAGAACCGUUUUGUUCGCUGGUCAGAUAUUUGAUCCUUCCAUAUCCUCUUAA